AUGGUAUUCUAUAAUCAAAAAUUCAGGAUUUUAUCAUUAAUUAAGUCAUUGAUGCCAAAACUUCAGAAUUUCCAAACAGAUAAUUUAAGAUUAUCAAAGAGAUUGGAUGGGGAGGUGAAGGCUAAGUUUUUUGAAGCUGAAGUAAAAGAAUGGAAAAAAAAAUUCCCAAAUAAAGUUGCUAUAAAAAAAUAGCACAUGCUUAACUAAAAGGAAAAAAAUAUAAUUGAAGCCAUUAUGAAAUAUUAAGAGUAACAUGAAUUGAAAGAAUCAAAUAAAUAGCCCUCCACUUAGUUAGUAAAAAUUUAUGAUAUAAUUCAAAUGAACUCAGAAUCCGCUUUUGUGAUGGAACUCGGAGAAAAUAAUCUUCUUUUUUAUUUAAAGAAUAAUAAACCAUCAUUAAAGAAAAUCUUAUAAAUAAAUUAGUUGUCUUAAUCGAUUAGGUUUAUACAUCAAGACUUAAAAUCAAUGCAUAGAGAUAUUAAACCAGAGAACUUCAUUUAUAUUGGUGAUUAAUUCAAACUUAUUGAUUUUGGAACUGUUCGAUACAAUACUAAUAUUGAUAAGACAAUCUAAAUAGGAACUACUCUAUACCAAGCACCAGAAAUGGUUAAUGGCUAAUCUAACCAUACCGAAGCAAUUGAUAUUUGGUCGCUUGGUUGUGUAUUUUAUGAAUUUUUCGGUCCAGAGCCAUUAUUUUAUGGAAAAAUUCAAACUGCAGUUAAAAAUGAUAUUUAAUCUAUCAUUACUAAUUAAAAAGACUUAAAGGAAAAAAUAAAUUCAAAUAAAGGAGGAUGA